ACUUUUAUUAGAUGCUCACAACUGUUUUCAGAAUGACACAGAUUACAAUUACAUCAUAGGUAUUUAUAGAACAAGAUUAGGGUUUCCUACUUGGUCAACAAGUUAACUAAGUGGGCCUAAUAACUAGGGCCGGCUAACCCUAACUAGGGCCGGCUACCCUAAAUCCUACGAACCCAACAUUUGUGAUAUCAGAUUUUCGAGGUAUUGACAAGAUGACCGAUCCACCUCAUGUUAACUACCCUUGGUCUAUACAAGAAAGUGUUGGUGCUGGCAUAGACAUGGUCAUGGUUGGGUACAACUACUUUGAGUUUAUCGACGGGCUAACCUAUCUCGUGAACAACAAUUAUAUCCAAGUGAGUCGGAUUGAUGAUGCAGUAAAAAGAAUUUUACGGGUGAAGUUUGUGAUGGGGCUGUUUGAAAAUCCGUUAACUGAUUUAAGCAUGGGAAAUACCUUGGAGAACAGGUUAAGACCCAGAACCGGGUAUCAAACAGGCGGGGCAGGUUUCGAACCGAACCGGUUAUAGAAAAACCAUUUUUUAAAGUAACCGUUUUAGUUUUUUUUUUUUUUUUUUGGAAUUUUCGGUUUUAUAACCGGUUUUUUGUACACCUCUAUCUAGACCUAGAAGCAAAAUCCUGGGGAUAGAGUCGAAGGAACGGAUUGUGGUAUGCUUUUUGGUAUUUCGGGAUCUCAUUUAGUUUCUAAUUCAUGAGAUCAGUGGUCUUGGCUUCUUGAUGAUUCGAAUACGUUUUUGGUCCGCAUCUUAAAACAACGAUUUGUACUAAAAAGGUUUGGGCAGCCGGGUAAUGCUAUUCAUUGGAACAAAUGGGUUCCUAUGAAAGUGGGCAUUUUGUCAUGGAGGGAAAAGGCUUCCAAGGAGGUGUGCUUUAGCAUGUCGAAACGUUAAUCUGGCUUCCACGAUCUGCCCUGUGUGUAGUGAAGCAUCGGAGAUGGUUGAGCUUAUCUAUAUAACUAUAUAAAGCCCUAUGUGGAAGUGGCGGCUCGGUUGUCAUGGUGGUUGUGUUGGAUAGUGGUGGUGUCAGUGGCGGCUGGUUGUGGUGGUGGUGGUGAAGGCAACAACAGUGGACUGAACACUGGCGACAAUGGCAGAAUAGGGUUCUGGUGGGUAUUUUGGUUACCAGGGUAAGAACACUUCGUCUUUCCUCUCCUCUGAUCUUGCUUGAUUUCAUUAUGAAUUUAAGUUUAACAGAUAUUUUUGGUGCUCUAGAAAUUUGGCACGAUCUGAUCUUGAUUUUUAGAUCGAAAUCGAAG